AUGGCGAGCUCGCUGGCCCGCCUGGGGGCGGCGCUGCCCCGCGCGCGCCCGCUCGCCGCCGCGGCGGCGAUGGGGGCGGCGCGGACCCCGCCGCGGGGAGCGCGGUGGGACCCCGUCGCCCCCCGCCCCGCCUCGCUGUACGCUCGCAGAUGCCAGGCUCACUCGGACGUGAAGGCGUCCCCUGCAUCGGAGUCCAAGGAUGUGGGGAGCUCGUCCCAGAGCUGGAGGAUCAAGAUGCUCUACGAUGGUGAAUGCCCGCUCUGUAUGCGUGAGGUAAACAUGUUGAGGGAAAGGAACAAAUCCUAUGGAGCUAUAAAUUUUGUUGACAUCAGCUCGAAAGAUUACUCUCCGAAGGACAAUCAGGAUCUUGAUUAUGAAACUGCCAUGGGGAGGAUACAUGCCAUUCUCUCAGAUGGAACUAUUGUCACAGAUGUUGAGGCAUUCAGAAGGCUUUAUGAGGAAGUUGGACUCGGAUGGGUUUAUGCAGUUACUAAGUAUGAGCCUGUGGCUACCAUAGCAAAUGCAGUAUAUGGUGUAUGGGCCAAAUACCGUAUGGAAGUUACAGGUCGACCUCCCCUGGAGGAAAUUUUUGCAGCCCGAAGACAAGCGGGCGAAUGUAAAGAUGAUAAAGCAUGCAAGAUGUGA